AUGGAUCAGCAUGAUCCGUCACAACGACAGUAUGCGACCAAUCCCUAUGCAUUGCAGCAGCAACAACAACAGCAGCAGCAGCAGCAGCACGCGAGCGGGCAGCUUCAGACCCAGUACGGCACACCGACAGCCAACGAACGCUUUCGGCAGCAAUCCUUCAUGCAGCAGUCACCUACUGCGUCAACGACAUCGGCGAGGCUCAGCAGUGAUGGCCAGCAGAUGUAUGGCUUCCAGCAGGGCGCACCGUAUGGCGCAUCCCCUUCUGUCCAGACCUAUGCGCAAAGUCCUCAGACACAGGUUUCACAGCGGCAAGCACAAACACCACAAUACCAGUCCUAUGGCCCUAAUCUUAUGUAUGGCAUGGCGGCGCCGCAAAACCAGCAGCAGCCAGCAGGAUCUGUGUAUGAACAGGUCCCGCAAUUCAGACAAAGACCGGCUGCGCCAUCCGAGACACUUGGCUCCCAAUUUGGCGUUCCACAAAGUAAUCAGUAUUACCUUGCAGCACCUGCAGGAUCGACUAGCGCACCUGCGCCCGACCUUGCGGCUCAACAGAUGGCCUCGCAGUAUCAAACAGCAGCAUACCCGCAGCCUGUAUCUUCGUUACCCACGGCAUAUCCAGGGAGCAUGAUGGACCCAGCCCAAUCCGCUGCAUACGCUUCCUAUCAGCAGCAACAACAGCAGCAGCAGCAGCAUCAGCAACAAGCUCAACAAUAUGCACAGCCACAAAGGCAGGAAGCUCAAGCUGUCGACCAAGGUUUCAAUGAUUAUCAGUCGCGUGUCCGAACUGUUUUCACUCUGGCACAGGAAGGUAGCUUGGGCGAUAUUGGGCAGCACUUACUGCACAUAUCGCAAUAUCUUCUCGGCAACUGCGAAGCCUUGGGUCUAACUCGAGACGACGAGGCAUUGCAUGACGAACGCAUACGGCUAUGGGACGAGUUUAAUCGAGCCUGGCUGGUGACUCUGCAGAGACAACUGGAUAUGACGGAAGAGAUCGCAUGUACACAACAAGCCUACCGGAAUCCACAGUCAAUAAUGAGUCAUCAGUCUCUCGAUCAUUUAUCGCGGGAGCUUAUAAGACUUUGCGACAGUGUUGAGAGGCACGGUCUAGUGGACUACCAAAUGGGCGUAGCAGAGGAGGAGAUAGUCAAUCUAAUACUGCGGUGUCUUGCGCUCCUGGAGACGAUCGAAGGGCCAGGCGAAGCACGGCAGGCAGAAUCGUCCGCGGCAGGGGCGUCGAGAGCGAGAUAA